UUGGGGGCGUUUUUGGGGUCCCGGCGGCGGCCCCGCCCCCUCUGACCCCCGGUGCGGCCGCGGGGGGGCCCGGGGGGGGUCCCCGGGGGGGUCCCCGGUGCCGCCGUCCCUCGGCCGCCCCCCCCCGGCCCCCCCCCCCGCGCCGCCGCUGCUGCGUCACGGCCCCGCCGCCGCCGCCGCCGCCCGCAGCGGCCGCUCGGGGGCCGGGCCGGGGGCGCCGCGACCCCCCCGGAGCGGCAGGAGAGCCUCGGGACCCCCCCGCUGCCGGCGUGAGACCCCCCGGAACCGGACUGCCCCCAACCCCCCCCCAUUUUUGGGGUGCCAGCGCCGCCUGGGCCCCGCAGCCCCCGGGUGCGAUGGAGGCCGCCGAGGGGGGGGCGCCCCCCCAGAGCCCCCCGAAGCCCCCCCAGAUCGGGGAGGGGCAGGACGUGCUGGCGCGCUGGACGGACGGGCUGCUCUACCUGGGCGUCGUCAAGAAGGUGGACGCGCCCCGCCGGGGCUGCCUGAUCCAGUUCGAGGACAAUUCCCAGUUUUUCGUUCUGUGGAAGGACAUCAGCCCCGCGGCCGUGCCCGGGGACGACCCCUCGUGCUGCGUGUGCGCCGGGAGCGCGCGGAGCGCCGAGAACGCGCUGGUGCGCUGCGGGAAGUGCGGCCACGGUCAGGGAAAACGCCGGGAAAACACCGGGAAAACACCGGGAAAACCGGGGGGAAAACCCGGGGGAAAUGGGGAAAAAAUCCCGGGAAAAAAACCCGGGGAAAAACGGGAAAAAAACGGGGGGAAACGGGGAUAAAACCGGGGGAAAAUGCCGAGAACGCGCUGGUGCGGUGCGGGAAGUGCGGCCACGGUCAGGGAAAAACACCGGGAAAACACCGGGA